GUUUUCGAGACGGUACCUUACCGAGGUUCCGUCCGGGUGCCUCGUAAUAUUUGAGAACUGCACGAAACCUACAAAUAGGUGGCCACCAAAAUUUAGUAAUACAUUUUGCAAGCCGCAAGCGUCGUAGGAGAGAGCGAGAAAGCCCGAGAAGCCGAAACAACAUCUUACCCCCUUUCCGUAACCCACAUCCCGCCUUGGAUCAAUCAUGGCCAAACAAACCCUUCUUGGUGUGUGUCUCGUGGCAGCGCUUGCCACCAUGACAGCGGCCCAAGCUAGCAGUUCGGCUCUCCCGGUUGCCACAGUGCUCCUGGACCGGAUUGAGGGUGCCGCAUUCGAGGCGUCGGUCGUCUCCGUCCUGCCGGAAGGGACGUUAUUCUCGAUCGACUGCCGAACGACGGCCACAGUUCCAGAGCCGACAAAUGAAUGCUCCCGGGUUGUAGGUGGCUUAUCCAUAAUGCAGGGCAGCAUACAAUAUACGGCCGAUUGGACUGUGACUGACGGCCCCGCCCCUACGACAACCGUUGCUAGCUACGUAGCAUGCGUCUUGCAGGGCGAUAACGGGUACUGCACCAACACGGUCGACGUGAAUGGCGUGGUCACGACAACUCCCUACAUUUUUACCAGCAUCUGGGACCGACUGUCACCCAUUACGAUUACCGCGGGUGCAGAGAAGCUUUUGGGCUCUGCUGCACCAACUGUGUCUGCGUCCACAGUGUCUAAUACGACUCAGCAGACGCCGCCCGCCUCGUCAGCCGUCGUGACGGGUGCUGGCGCUGUGCUGCGCCCGGCGGGUCGCGUCCUCUUUGGUGUAUUGGCGGCUGGGCUUGUUGCCGUCGCGCUCGGUGGCGGGGUGGUUUGAUCGAUCGAGGUUGCUGGGGAUCAUGGAAAG